AUGGGCGCCAAUGGCCAAGCAGUUCAAUCAAUGAACAAGAAGAAAGUAAAACUUCUCAAUAAGAAGCGUGCAGAAGUCCGUAACCAGAAGAAGGUGGCGACGUUGCAAAAGGGCAAACGUAAGGUGUUGCGCAAACCUCGGCCUUCCAAGAAAAAACAGCAGAAGGAUGCGAAGCGCCACCGCAUCUACGUGGAGGCAGAGAAGGAAAAGCUGCUCAAGAGCGGUGUGAUUACAACAGAAGAUAUUGAAAAGAUGGAGGCAGAGAAGGGCAACGACGAAGCCAGCGACGAGGUGGCCACCAUGGACGUGGAGGAGUAA